ACGACACGUCAACCACACGGAACUAACCUGUCAGUUGUUAGAAGUCCGUGGUCUCAAGGAAAUGGGGGGCUUCUUCUCAAGUCUUUUCUCUGGCCUGUUUGGCACCAGGGAGAUGAGGAUUUUGAUCCUGGGUUUGGACGGUGCUGGAAAAACUACCAUUCUGUACAGGCUUCAGGUUGGAGAGGUGGUCACCACAAUUCCCACUAUUGGCUUCAAUGUUGAGACGGUCACUUACAAGAACCUGAAGUUUCAGGUGUGGGACCUGGGAGGACAGACGAGUAUCAGGCCCUACUGGCGGUGUUAUUAUUCAAACACAGACGCUGUGAUUUACGUUGUCGACAGCAGCGACCGUGACAGGAUGGGCAUCUCAAAGUCCGAGCUGGUGGCCAUGUUGGAGGAAGAAGAGCUGAAGAAGGCGAUCCUCGUGGUGUUCGCCAACAAGCAGGACAUGGAGCAGGCAAUGACGCCGACUGAAGUGGCCAACGCUCUGGGUCUCCCUGCGCUCAAAGACAGGAAAUGGCAGAUCUUUAAAACCUCAGCCACCAAGGGAACGGGCCUAGACGAGGCUAUGGAGUGGUUGGUGGAUUCUCUGAAGAGCCGGCAGUAAAGACACCUGCUCAGUGUAUAUACUCUUGACCUUUGACCCUCUCCGUAUGAAGCCUUGUGACUGACCCGACUUCUUCAUGUCCUUAGUUUUGGACCAGCGGUUGCUCUCCUCUGUUCACAUCAACCUGAAGCCUUGGCCGAUGCUGCUGCCGUAACAGCUUCAGCUAAUGUUUUGGAAACAAAUCCUUUCACGUCCACAAGCUUUAUUCAUCCUGUUGCAAAGUUUCUGUCACAUAAAUAAUCGUUUUGUACUGCAGGUCGUCUCAGAGCGGUUAUCUUUUAUGUUGGCGACUAUACAGCCGAACCUAAAUGUGUGCAACGCCACAAAUGGGACAUUUUGGAAACGUUUCUGCAUUCACAGUAUUCCUGCAGCUCGGGUUGUUUGGUUAGUUUUUUUCUUUCUAUUCAAUUUAUGGGGUUGAUGUCUUCGAGUUCAGCUCAUCUUGAACCUUCAUGCUCUAAGUUUUAUGGUUGCAUAUUUAUAUUUACUUGUACAGAAACGAAUGAAUCAGUAAAAAAUGCAAUCGGUGAUUGUCAGAAUGUUAACGGUGGAUUUUUUUAUUUUACUAAACUUGCUAGAAAAAUGAAAUUGCGCCUU